ACUAUUUGCCAUAUAAAGCGAGGUACAAUGCUAGCUGAUCUUAUUAAGUCCACUUCACUUAUUAUAUGGGAUGAAGCUCUGAUGACUCACCGUCGAUGUUUUGAGGCCUUAGAUAGGACAUUGCGUGAUAUCUUUGCUGAGGAUGAUCCUUCUGCUGCAUCAUUACCCUUUGGUGGUAUGGUUGUUGUGCUUGGUGGGGACUUUCGUCAGAUUUUACCUGUUGUGGAAGGGGGUGUUAGAUCAAAAACAAUUGAUGCUGCAAUAUCAAGGUCCCCUCUCUGGUCACAUGUGUCUAUUUUAGAGCUAUCGAUCAAUAUGCGUUUGCGUUCUAGCUCUCUAAGCCCUGAGGUACAACAUGAAAUCGCUGACUUUAGUGAUUGGAUUCUUUCUAUCGGCGAUGGUACAACAGCUGCAAGUGCUCGUGAUACUGACACUGAACCAACUUGGGUUGAUAUCCCACACGAUCUCUUAGUCAUGGAUAAUGAUGAUAAAAUUGGAGCUAUUAUAUCCGCAGUCUAUACUGAUUUUGCUGAACAUUAUAGUGAUCCUAUAUAUCUACAAGAUCGUGCUAUUGUUUCACCUACAAAUGAUAUAUGUGGCACUAUUAAUUCUCGUGUACUAGAGCUUGUCCCUGACGAGAUGAAAGAAUACCUAAGCUUUGAUUCCCUUGCAAAAACAAAUGAGAAAUGUGAUGAUUUAGAUGUUUUGUAUCCAAUCGAAUUUUUGAACUCAAUUAAAGUUAACAAUUAUCCUGAUCAUCAAUUGUGCUUAAAAAAAGGUGUGCCCAUAAUGCUUUUGAGAAAUCUAGAUCAGAGUGCUGGCCUUUGCAAUGGAACGAGAAUGAUUGUUACAAAUCUAGGUGACCGAGUAAUAGAGGCGCGUAUCAUAACUGGUUCCAAUAUUGGUCAGACUAUUUAUAUCCCAAGAAUAACUCUAUCUGCAAACAAUAAGAAAUGGCCUUUUACAUUACAGCGCCGUCAGUUUCCUGUUCGUGUGUGCUAUGCUAUGACUAUAAAUAAAAGUCAAGGACAGAGUCUACGUUCAGUUGGCAUUUACUUGAAAAGCCCAGUAUUUUCCCAUGGUCAGCUAUACGUUGCUCUUUCUCGUGUCACUUCCCGUGCAGGCUUGAAAGUACUUAUCGAAGAUGACAACGGGAAUUGCACCUCUCGUACUCGAAACAUCGUUUAUCGCGAAAUAUUCGCUGCUCUUAGAUAGUUGGUGGUUGCUGUCGUUUUGUUUAUUUUAUUCCUGCGGUGUACAUAUAUACUUGUUUUGUUUAUAUCUAAAAGUUUGCUAUGCUGUUCUAUGGAUCCUGUAUAUUACCUGGUUAUGCUGCGCUUUUGUUUGCUGUCCUACUAUACUCUUUGCCAUAGGUGAUGCACCACAUAUUUAUCUGCUUAUUUUAUGCUUUUUUUGCCCUUUUGCAUGA